AACAUCCUUGACUGCCCCGAGACAAAAAUGAGCAACACGAUAGAAUUUUGUUUUUCGAAAGUUCUUUUCUUCUUCUUUCUUCAAGGUCUGGACCCUUUUUAUCGAUAACUGGCACCUGAAAAAUAUACGAGGGGAAGGCGAAGAGGACGGACACGAAGCCCGUGCCGUCUGUUCAUGGUCCAAUGCCCCCGACUAUAAAAACUGUUGCAUUUCUUGCGAUGGCUCAUAUUUUCCUCAAAGAGAUUGUUCCGGCACCUAAGAGUCACGUGACAAGAAAUUCUUUACAACAAUGCAUGAUCAGAGAAUUACGUAGCCGGACAGUGCUAUUCAAAAGUAACAUUCAUAGGCAAUAGGCAGCAAGCUUAAGAAGUUAUUUUUAUUAUUCAUUCCAGUGUUUGUUUAUUCACAAUUCCGUUCAUUCCAACUUAAAAACUACUGAUAGGACUUGGAAAAAAUCAAAAUUGUUUAAUCAGAAUUUUUUGUGGAUUUUGUGAUUCGAAGAGUGAAAUUGCGUGGAUGCACCGAAUUUCUGAGUGUAAAUAUUAUGCGUGAUCAACGCCGAAAAAGCUCUUAAAAGACAUUAUGAAGAUAGACUCCGAGCCCCAAGUAUCUUGAUAGCAAAACUUUGUAGAUUUCGCAGAAAAAGAACUACGAAACUAUUUGCUCAAGAUAUACAUCCGUUAUUUAUUUAAAAAAGAUGAGUAGUAUUCGAGUGUUAAGUAUAUUGACUUAUACUGUUUUGUUCUUUCAUCCGCAAAUGUGUCAAGAAUCUACGACUUUGUCAACUACAGAACCACUUGCUGACGUAACGUCAACGGAAGCUUCCACGCCAACUAAAGAUGCCAUUUCACCCAGAAAAAUAGUAAGCGUUGCUUCAUCCACUGCACCAAGUAGGACAGAACCAGUCAACUGUGACAAAAACUGGUCAUCUAAAGACUUUUUAUUAGAACAUCCUGGAUUUCCAGAUGAAUAUCCAAAUGGAGUUCUGUGCAGAUAUAUCAUUAGCAAGAAUUCUGAAGCUAUCUGUGGAUUAGAGAUUACUUUCAGGAAGUUCGAUCUCGAGACAAGUCCUGGAUGUGGAAGAGACUUUUUGGCAAUUGGAGACGAAAGACUAUGUGGACAUAUUCCCGCGCAGUCUGUUGUACAAUAUCCUUUCGAGGAUGGAGCCAAUGACAUUGCUUUAGUUUUUGGAACAAAUGAUAACGUCACGAAGAGCGGCUUUCAGAUCCUGUUUCAGCAGAUUUCAAUUUGUGAAGAGGACCUUAAUGCAAUUCCUGCAAUCCAUGCUUGUGAUGUCCUAAUAACAGACACAUCUGGAGAGCUCGUGACACAUCGUACUCCAGAUGAUGCACUUGGAGAUCCAGUGUGUCGAUAUACUAUAGGAAGGCGGCAUUCUGGAUACUGCCAAGUGGAAUUGGAUUUCGUUGAUUUCAACGUUGACUAUUCUCCUGGAUGUAUCAGCAGCUACGUUCAGUUGGACGGCCAUCGAUUCUGUGGCACAUCACUGAGAGGCCAAAGGAAAAAUGUUACCUUCGAUGCUUUGGGAAAUAUUCAUAUUGUGUAUAAGACAGAUACCGUUCGCAUGGAUAGAGGUUUCCAUUUGCUUUUUCGUCAACUCGUUUGUCCACCUGCAGGCCCUGUUCGAUCACCUGGAGGAACAGAUAUUGUAGCAGACCGUUUGCCAAGCAGCUGCAAUAAGAUUUAUUACGAGAAAGAAUUUUAUAUCGAGAGUCCGGGCUUUCCAAGAUAUUACCCCAACGAUCUGGAUUGUCAGUUAGUUAUCCGGCGAUACAGACCUUCCAUAUGUAAAAUAGAUAUUCGAUUUCUUGAUUUUGACGUGGAAGAGAGUCCAGGUUGCGUUUAUGAUUUUUUGCAGUUAGAUUCGCAAAGACUGUGUGGCAGAAUACCUGAGGACAACGUUAAAUCCACUGAAUUCUUAUCCUACGAAAAGAUUCUGCGCUUCAAAACUGAUUCAGUCAAUCCAAGACCUGGCUUUUUCCUAUACGUCCGACAGUUAGACUGUGGUGCAGUUUCACCACCUGCCAUUCCAGGAUCUCCCGGUUCGUGUGAUAUUCAUGUUUGGGACCGAGAAGCCCGGAUCACGAGUCCAAAUUACCCGCGAGAUUACAGCAACGACCUGCGUUGCCGAUACACCAUCCAUCGUGAGGGGGAACACAUUUGUCAACUGAAAGUCACUUUCCUAGACUUCAAGCUGCAGAAUGGAAGUCCUGGGUGCUAUAAUGAUUAUUUAGAGAUGGACGCCGGUUGGAGAGCUUGUGGAGAUAAAUUUCAAGGCAUAUCUAGAACUCUAGACUUCCGGGUGCCUGAGAAAAUAAUCUUCUUCAGCAGCGAUUCAUGGCUCACGUUCCCCGGAUUCUUGCUGUCACUCAGACAAGUCCCUUGUGCCGAGGCCUCGGAAAGUGCGACAUCCGGACGACUGAAUGGAGACGCUCCGUCCUGCGAUCGAGAAUUCGAAGCAUCCACGUUCGACUUGCGCAGCGAACUGUAUCCAUUGAAUUAUUCACCGAAUCUAAAUUGCAGGUAUCUAAUCCGGAAAGUAUCAUCAUCGGUAUGCCAAUUAAGAAUACAGUUUCGGUCAUUUGAUUUGGAGCCAAGCAUUGCAUGCAGUAGAGACUAUUUGAUUCUUGAUGGAGAAAGGCUAUGCGGAAGUCUACCACGUAAUACAACAAGAAUCCUCCGGUUUGAUACUUCAGAGAAAGUUUUCCUUUUUCACAGCGAUGCAGAAAUACAAGGAGCCGGAUUUUCAGCCACUAUUCAACAAAUAGAGUGUCCAGGAGGUUUCCCUCCCCCUAUUGAUUCUCCCACACCCCCAGCUGCCGGAUCCAGCAACAGCGGGACCUCGACUGCGCCAUCUGAGUCUGGCGUCGCAGGUAGUUCUUGCAACAGACACUUCACAGAGAUUCGUUCCUCAAUCAGCAGUCCAAACUUUCCCUCUCCGUAUCCGGCAGGUGUGGUAUGCAGAUAUGCAUUCCAUUUACAACCUGGUUACUGCAAUGUCGAACUUACAUUUCUGGAUUUCUUUUUGGAGCCACCUUCUCCCGGAUUACCUUGUACCAGAGACUACUUAGAAAUAGGUGGAAGUAGAUACUGUGGACAGCAGCUCAGAGGAGUAACUAAGCUAGAGCCACCAUUUGGAGCUGCUUCAGAAGUAAUCGUGACUUUCAUCAGUGAUCCUGUAAUUACAGAUAAAGGAUUCUAUGCUUCAUUCCGACAAAUGCCUUGCGGAAGUGCACCUCCACCUGCCCCAGGAUCACUACCACGAGGUUCUUCACCAGAAGUUACCCCUUCGGGUUCUUCCUGUGGGGGUCACUUAACUGGACCUUAUUUCGAAAUCAAAUGGCCAGACUUGAGCGCCACAGGGGACUAUGGUCAGACUGUAGAAUGCUUGUACACAGUACAUCGACUGGGCUCAGAUACUUGCAGUAUCAGAGUUACGUUUGUAACAUUCGAUCUCGGAGACGGUCGAGACUGCCCAAGACAAUUUGCCCAAAUCGGAGAACACACUCUUUGUGGAAGAUUACCAUCGUAUACUGUCAGAGAUUAUGACUUGUUAGACUAUACAAUGAUCAUUAGGAUUAUGUCUUCUCAGCUUCCACGCCCAAGGAUGUUGUUGCAAGUUCAGCAGAUGCCCUGCGGUUCUAACAGUCCACCUUCAAGACUUCCUCCUCCUAAUUGCGAUGAAACUUUUGCCAGUCCAGGAUUCGAGAUUAGGAGCCCUUAUUAUCCUCACGGUUUAAGCUCGAGCGUGGACUGUAGGUUUAUCGUAAGGAAAUCAUCUCCUUUUGUAUGUAACCUAGAACUGACAUUUGAACGCUUUCAACUUCCUGACAGUAGACAUUGCUAUGCAAGUCAUUUAAGAAUCGAUGCUGAUAGAUUGUGUGGAAGCAUCCAACCUUAUACUGUUCGUUUAUACGACUUUCAUACAUCAGAGAAAUUGAUCCACUUCAGCGCAGAUCAUGUUCUACCUGGGGCUGGUUUUCUCAUCAGAGGUCGCCAAGUUCCAUGCGGAGGAUCUCCACCUUCAGCAGUGAUGCCCGGCAAUCCGGCUGUGGAUAAUGCUGGGAGAACUCAUAAUGAUGCGCCCCCUUCUAGCAUUCGAUGUGAUCAAAGUUUUGGCCUUGAAGAAUUUGCCAUCUACAGUCCCAAUCAUCCAUUAUAUUACCCGACCGACGUGCAUUGUCGCUAUGUGGUCAUCCGUUCCAGUUCUGAUAUAUGUGGUCUCGAAGUAACAUUCGUGAACUUUGACUUGGAAGAUUAUUACAGAUGUCAGAGAGAUUACUUAGACAUCGACGGAGAAAGACUGUGCGGAAUUCUUCCUCCUAAUUCUAUAAGAAAUUACGUUUUUCAUCCUGCUGAUCGUACUAAGUUGAUUAUUUUUCGAUCGGAUCAUGCUGUAACAAGACCUGGAUUUAUUUUAAGAGUUCGACAAACCAGAGUAUGUCCAGCAUCAGUGCCUUCUUUGUUGCCAAAUCCCUCAGAUGGUAGAACGAAUGACCCUGCUCCACCUAGUACAUCAACAGGAAGUUCUUCUAACACAUGUGAAACGGCGUACUUCGCAGCACCCAGAGGGCUUUUCCGGAGUCCAAGAUUUCCCAGCGGAUAUCCAGCAUCGCACUGCAUGUUUACAUUUGUGCAGUUACGUGGAUUCUGCAGUCUACGACUAUAUUUCCGCGAUUUUGAUUUACUUCCUGGAACUGACUGCAUUGUAGAUUACCUGGAGGUAGAAGGCAGGCGAUACUGCGAUGGACAAUUGUUUCAGCUAACACGUGAAGUUUUCUUUCCUUGGAGUGAUUCAUCAACACUGACUGUCAUGUUCCAUUCUGAUCGUGGUAGCUUUAUUCAUCGGGGAUUCCACGUGGACUUUGAACAGCUUCCAUGUCGCAGACAGAGUAGACAGCAUAGAGAAGAGUUAGAAUUGUCUGUGCCAGCACAGAAUACUACAGUUAGAACAUCACCCUCAUCGUCUUCGUCAUGGACACCAUCUCCUUCAGGAUACGAUGAAGACUGGGAUGACACCAAAACAACUCCUAGAAAUUCUACUGUAGAAUAUGCCGCUUGAAAUUCUAGGAUGCUCUUUGACCUAUGAGAAUGCUUACUGAAACUUAGCAUUCACGAACAUGAUUUAAGAAUUAAGAGUAAGACUGUAAUGUUACGAAAUUCACAAAGUUAUGGGAACAAGAAUUCUGUCAGGGUAGAUUGAUUUAGUAUUUCUUCUACCUAAAACACAAAUAUAUGGAAGAGUAAUUAGCUCAGCUUUAUUUGCAAAGAUAUAUUAAGCAAUCGAACUGAAGUAGAAGUCCUAUCGUAACUUUGGACAUGCAUGCUUUGGUAACUUAGUUUGUUUUUCAAGGACUUCUUUAUGCAAGUUAAAAGCAAAGUACUUGAUAAAACAAGUGCUGUCGAAAUGAAAUACCGAAAGCAUGUCGAAACGAGAUACCAACUGAGAUUCAUCAUGAAACUGAAACUAUAUACCAUAGUAUCUUGAUUAUUUGUUCCCUUGUUUUUUGCAACUGCCCUUUUACUGCACGGAAAUUGUUAACUAGGAGAAGUUGUUCAUCUCAUCCUUCAUUUACAUGCUGGAGCAGUUUUUAAAAUGAGAACUGCAUUUAUUAGAAACUGACGGUGUUACUGUAUAAAUAUCCAAAAUCUUAACAGUCAUUGACUCUGAUGAUGAAGAGUUUCAACUGAAAAUGAUGCUUCGUGCGAGACAGCUAUCAUCAAUAGUAUGUUUAAACUGUAGCUCAUAAUUUUACUCUUCUUCAGUGAUUUAUACGAAUAUCUUUAUAAUAACGAUGGUAAAAACUUUACAAAGUUAUCUGUAUCAUUGCAUUUCAAAAUGUGUCUUCAAAGAGACUGUGGAAAAUUAAAAAAAUAUGUUUUGA